ACCUCGAAUGAUUGAAAUUUGUGAUACUUUUUGUGGAAUUUAAACUUUAUACCGAGUGUUCAGUGCCGUUAAACAUGAAUACCGCGGAGCGCAUGUAUACCAUGGACGAUCUUCCGCAGCUGAUCGACGGCGUCAGUUCGGAGAAUGUCAUCGGAGUGACCCAGGUCAUCGUGAAUAUGAUGUCCCACCCGGCUUACGGGAACAAAUACGAAUGGACAAAGGACGAUUUCGAGCUGGGCUGCCCACUGGGAAGGGGAAAGUUUGGGCGAGUUUACUUGGCUCGUGAAAAGAAUUCCAAAUUUAUGGUAGCUAUGAAAGUGAUGUUUAAAUCCGAGCUCACCAAGGGACGGGUGGAGAAGCAGCUGCUCCGGGAGGUGGAGAUUCAGUCCCGAUUGAAGCACCCGCACAUCCUCCGUUUGUACACCUGGUUUCAUGACGAACGUCGCAUCUACCUAGCAUUAGAGCUUGCUUCUCAGGGUGAACUAUACAAACACCUGAAAGCAUCACCAAACGGACGAUUCAAUGAGCAACGUUCCGCCAAGUACACCUAUCAGGUUGCAGACGCGUUAAACUACUGCCACGCAAACAACGUAAUCCAUCGCGAUCUGAAACCGGAGAACAUCCUGCUGACCGAUGACGACAACGUGAAACUUGCCGAUUUUGGCUGGUCCGCGCACACAAACUCCAACAAAAGGAAGACCAUGUGCGGAACACUGGAUUAUUUGCCACCAGAAAUGGUGGAUGGAAAAAGCUAUGACGAUUCCGUUGACCAGUGGUGCUUGGGAAUUCUGUGCUACGAAUUUUUAGUCGGAUACCCACCGUUCGAGUCCGAAACUACUGAAGCCACUUAUGACAAAAUUCGUCGUCUGGAGGUGGCCUAUCCAAGAUUCAUGACCUCCGGGGCUAAGGAUUUGAUCUCGAAGCUACUGAAGAAGCCGAGUGGUUCCCGAAUUACCCUCAUUGAUGUGAUGAAGCACCCCUGGGUCAAGGAGAAUAUGGGAAAGUAGAUCUUAUACUACGCUCAGACUAUAGCAGAUAUUACGUAAUCAAUAUCUAUUGCAAGACAGUCUACAUUACGUAAUAUCAGCUAGUCUGAACGUAGCAUUAGAGCAGUA